AAGAGGUCCACAAAGCGACUCGUUACCACCGUCGAUUGACAACAACAUAUAAAUCAGGCGAAUCUUGAUCUUCUCUUCUUCGGCAUUGUAGCUUCUUCUUCGCUGGAGCAAUGUCACAAGCUCGAGUCUACGCAGACGUCAAUGUUCACCGCCCUCGAGAUUACUGGGAUUACGAGUCUCUCACCGUUCAAUGGGGCGAUCAAGAUGACUAUGAGGUUGUUCGAAAAGUUGGGAGGGGAAAAUACAGUGAGGUCUUUGAAGGUAUAAAUGUCACCAACAAUGAAAAAUGCAUCAUCAAGAUCCUUAAACCCGUCAAGAAGAAGAAGAUAAAAAGGGAGAUAAAAAUACUUCAGAAUCUUUGUGGAGGCCCAAAUGUCGUGAAACUGCUUGAUAUUGUCAGAGAUCAGCACUCAAAAACUCCUAGCUUGAUUUUUGAAUAUGUGAACAGUACAGAUUUUAAAGUUUUGUACCCCACACUGACGGAUUAUGACAUACGCUAUUACAUAUAUGAGCUUCUCAAGGCAUUAGAUUACUGCCAUUCACAAGGCAUAAUGCACAGAGACGUGAAGCCUCAUAAUGUUAUGAUUGACCAUGAGCUACGGAAACUUCGCUUGAUUGAUUGGGGUCUUGCUGAAUUCUACCAUCCUGCCAAAGAAUACAAUGUCCGAGUUGCUUCAAGGUACUUUAAGGGGCCUGAACUCCUUGUGGAUUUGCAAGAUUAUGACUAUUCUUUGGACAUGUGGAGCCUAGGUUGUAUGUUUGCAGGAAUGAUUUUUCGCAAGGAGCCAUUUUUUUAUGGUCAUGACAACCAUGAUCAGCUUGUCAAGAUUGCCAAGGUUCUCGGCACAGAUGAGUUAAAUGCAUAUUUGAACAAGUAUCAUCUAGAACUUGAUCCUCAACUUGAUGCUCUUGUUGGAAGGCAUAGCAGGAAGCCCUGGUCAAGAUUUAUUAAUGCCGAUAAUCAGCAUUUAGUUUCCCCUGAGGCCCUUGAUUUCCUUGAUAAGCUUCUUCGUUAUGAUCAUCAAGAUAGGCUUACAGCCAAAGAAGCAAUGGCUCAUCCAUACUUCUUUCAAGUGAAGGCUGCUGAAAAUAGCAGGAUGCGGACACAGUGAUUCCAUUCUGUAUUGUAUUGCCUAUCUACAGAAGUGAACUCUACAUGUUGUUUUGAGGUGUUAAUUUGUUUAUGGAUAGUUACUUAUUCUAACAUUUGAGUACUCGCCGAGUGUAGGCUGUUGGUCCGGUUAAGAUGAUGCAAUCCUUUAACAUUUGCAUCUUUCAUAGAGAUUGUAUAGUCCUUGUCAUACUGAGUUUUCGGAUUGCGUCACUGCUAGUCUUGAUGCUUUGUUCAAUUAUCAUGCUAUUGUAGGUGGCAAUGUCUUAAAUCUGAAAGGUCUUUCAUGGUAACAAAUGUGCUCACAUGUAUAUAAUGUGUAUUUUUCUUCUGC